AGGAAAACGAAGGAAGGAUUGGGUUUCCUGUUUACCUGCUCACACGUUUGUAUUCGCCUCCACCCCCCAAAAGAAAAACACCAGCAACAACACUCUUGCGUGUGUGUGUGUGUGUGCCUCGCAGGCGUUUCUUUCUGUAGCUUGCUCCUCUGAAGCAUCGAUUGGUUUUUGGCCCUUUUUGUUUCCACAUUCUCGUCAUCAAGUUCCUUUUCGUAGAAUUCGCGAAGGCGAAGGAUGUCCAGCGAGAACACCGAAGAGGCGCGCGUGCGUCAAGCGAUCGUGGACUGCACCGUCGAGCACUACGACCUCUUGGCCAACGCACAAGCUUCGAACGUUUCGGCUGCCGCGCUCUCGAGCAGCGCCGAGGACGCCGCGAAGGGUCUGACUGGCUCCCUGCAGACACUGCAAUCAUCCUCGCAGCUUCUCUACUUUGCGGGCCAGGCGUGGCGGCAAGAAAAAUCUCUGCUGCGCAGCGCUGUGAUAAGUCAUCAGAAGAUCGUGGCCCUGAUGGAGGCCCCCGCGCUGGUGGAGGAGUGCGUGCGUCACAACAUGUUCCACGAGGCGCUCCUCAUCUUUGAGCACGUCAUGAUGCUGUGUCAACACAUGAGCGACGUAUACGUUUUUCAGCGACUUCAAGCGGAAGUGGUGGCCGCGAUGGAGCUCGUGGUCGAUGCGCACGUGAUGCCAAUGCUGUCCGGGCCGCUCUCUGUCGAUACCGCCUACAAGGCCAUUUCCCUUCUCCGCCGUCUUGGCGGCUCGCCGGCGUGUCUGUGCUCGCUUUUCCUCACGAGCCGCGCUACGUACAUCGCCCAUCUGAUGCAGGAGGCAGACGCGAGCGUGGUGCCGUACUCGCGCCUCCUUAAGUACGUCACGGUGUACAAGGUACACGUGAGUGAGGUGGUGCUGCAGUACAAGGCGUGCUUCCCCUCCCCGACCGAGGCCCAGCAGCGCGAGACGACGCAGGAGCUGAGCCUGUGGUGUCAGGAGCAGGCGCACCGCUUCGUGUCGCUCGUGUCCGCCACCCUGCAGCACCUCCACAACGGCUCUGAGCUGGCGCUGGUGAUUCAGCAGUGCAGCAGCUGCGCCACAACGACGGCACGCGUGCACACGGACGUCUCCGGCCUGUUGGGCAGUGUGCUGGUAGAGAAGGUGCGGGCUCUCUUCGCGGACGGGAUGCGGCAGGCACGCAUGACGUACCGCACCUCUAUGCAGACCUCCUCGUGGCGGGUGUCUGUGUAUUGUCACCACAACACGAGUUUGACCUUCUCGACCGCCAUCGACGCACCAGCCACGGUGGGCGACACGCCGGCGGUGCAACUGGCGCAAUGGCUUCCACUGGCGUACGCCCUCAAUGGCACCCUGUCCUCCUUCAACGCCAUUCGCAAGUGCCUCCUGCCUGGUGUGGAGGCGUCGUGUGGGGAGGAGGUGUACCGUCUUGUCGUCGAUGUUGCGCAAGACAUGCUAACGGACAUCCCGUUGUUAGACACGAUGGACGGCGCGGAGAAAGGCGUCUUUGUCACCUUUGUGAAGGCGUUUAAGCGUUUGUACGUCCCCUACGUCCUGCACCUUGUCAGUCGCAUUUUGGGCCCAGCGCAUCGUGAGGUGAUGGAGGACCGCCUGCAGGGCGUUAUGCACGACGUGAAUGAGCUGUUGUUUCUCGUCGAUCCACCACCGGCUGCAGCGGCGCCAACCGCAGGGGAAGUUAGUCGACUCGCGUCGCGUGCGGCGACUGCCAUGCCUGUGAAGGCAGCAGCACCACCACCGCCACCGCCGCCGUCAGCACAGAUAGGCGGACUGACGUCCUCUGGUGCUCCCACACCGUCGCGUAAUGCGGCACCCGCACGGGCUGCCUUUACCGCAGCAGCACCUGUCCCUCUACACCACGCAUCUGCGCCUGCGCCUUCGUCAGCGUCUUCCGCAGCGUUUCCUUCGGCAAACGCUCCGCCGGCUGCGCACGCUGCUGGCUUUUCUUCUGCGCCUCCAAGGGCCGGGGCAGCAAACAUAUCCGUGCCGCCGCCGCCCCCACCGCAUAAUCCAUUUGCUUGA